AUUCAAGGAACGAUGCAAAUCUUCUUCUUCUUCUUCCUCGCUUAGAUUUUGCACUUUGGAUCAGAUUUUGCUCUUUGGAUCAAAGAAAAUCUCGGGAAAAAGAGAGAGAAAGAGAGCCAAUCAGGCUCUGAAAUGUAUAUGAGUUUCACGGUUCUUCCUCCCAUGCUCGUUGCUGAAAAUCAAGUGAAAUUCCAAGAAAGGGAGUGGGAAAAAGAGAGAUAAACGAGAGAUUCAUCAUCUGGGUGCUCCAAUGGCGGAAGUUGAGUUCGUGAAGUGCGAUUGUUGCGGGCUAACGGAGGAGUGCACGCCUGCUUACAUUGCUAGCGUGAGAGAGAAGUUCGAAGGGCGGUGGCUCUGCGGCCUUUGCUCGGUGGCCGUCAACGACGAGACGGUCAGAUCGGAGGAGGAUAUUACUACCAACGAAGCGAUGGAUCGGCACAUGAGAUUCCGUGAGCAGUUCAAGUCUUCGACUCCGCCGGCGAAACCCGCCGAGGAAUUGAUCUCCGCCGUGAGACAUUUGCUCCGGAAAACUCUCGAAUCGCCGAGGAAGAAGAACGGGUCAUCUACGACGUCGUUUUCUGGAUCGGAGAAUCGUUUUUCAUCGAUGUCGAACGAAGAAGUUAGUACUUGAUUAUGAGAUUUAAGAAA